AUGGCGGGUGCAUCCGAGGCGGCAACUCGGUGUCUCGCGUGGCUGCAGGCAGUGAAGGCUGCGCCCGAAGGAGAAAAGCACAAUGUUGCCGUCGCAGUCGCUCUCAAGCUUGUCUACCAAGACUCUGUGACCCUUCAAGGGGGCGAAAUCUAUCGCCCUACAGGCUGGACAACACGGGCCAUAGCCGCGCGGCUGGCGGAACAGGGCUAUCAGUGCGGUCACACCACAGUUCAUGGUUGGAAAACGAAACACGCGAAUUCAGCCGAGUGGAUUCGUUCCAGCCCGCUCGAUCAGGUGCUCCAGCUCGUCAAGGAGAGCCCAUCGUGCGGAGGACAGAGCAUUUUCACUGAAGAUGAACUGGAGUACUGUAUCCGGCUGCUGGAGGGGUUUGCCCGGGCUGGGCAGUGUCUCAACCAGAAGCAGGCGGGCGCUUAUCUUGUGAAACUCUCACGCCUCCCGCGCAUGUCGGGCGCCCCGCGUCGCCAGUUCGCCGGCAGUCUGCCGAGCCAUGAAUGGUGGAAUGCCUUUCUGCGCGAUGCUCGCGGGCGCCUAGCCAUCCGCAAGGGUCGAACGCUGGAGCUCACCAGGAUUGCCGCUUUACAAGCUGAAACACUCGAUUGCCUCCCCGGACUUUUGAAACAGCUGUUCGAUGAGCAUCCGCUUCUUGUGGAGGAGCCCGGUCGGAUUUCCAACAUGGACGAGACAGAAAUCACGACCCGUUUUUUUGCGGGUCGUGUCAUUUGCACUCCCUCGUCAGACACGCGUUCUGCGGUCGUUCAAGGGGGGCACCAGCAUUCACUCGGGGCGCACAUCACGGGCGUUUUCACCAUCUGCACUGAUGGCUCAUCCCCGCCCUUGCCUAUGAUCAUCUUCUCGAAAAACAACAAGAUACGCAGCGCGACAGCAGAUGUGGGUGACAAUAAGGCUGUAUUUGAAGUCUCGCCAAACGGCUACAUGACAAAAGAGCUGUUUCACAAGUACCUCUCGUCCUGGGAAGAAGCCAUGCGUGCAAAGUACACAACAGGGCCAUUGCUUCUCGUCAUGGAUGGGUCGUCGACGCACCAGCUGUCGGCUGACGUGCUUGCGCGCUUUCUGGAAAGCGACAUCCACGUCCUUGUCCUACCCGCGCACACAAGCACUGAAUCGCAGCCGCUGGACCGCACGGUGUUUGGAUUCUUCAAAACCACUUUGCAAACCCUUUACAAGCAGGCGAUUGAGUCCAAGGCGUUCGAGAACGACGACAAGAUGAGAGUUCAUUGCGCCCUGCUCGCUUGGGACAGGGUGAUGAGAAGAAAGCGAUGCAUCCGGGCAGGAUUUCGACUGACUGGCAUCUGGCCGCUUGAUGAGACGCUCUACAAGUCGUGGAUACUGAAUCCAACCCCUCCUGCAUCGGAACUCGAGCUGGACCUGCUUGAUACAGAUUCAACUCCGACCGCCCCGCUUCCAUCCCUGGAUCGACAGAACACUCCUCCGGUGAUCGAUUCAGCCGUCAUUACGCCUGUUCUCACUCGGAGCAAGUCCUCGUCCCGUUCCUCCGACGCGGAGGCCUCCACCUCCAGCACUCCGUCAGCGUCCGGGUCGCCCUCGUUUGUACAGUCCGUCUCGCAGCUGGUUGCCAUCCAAGAUAUUUCUAGCGUGGCCCUCAGCAACAUCUCUACCUCACCUCUCGAGAAGGACAAGCGAUACAUCGAGCAUGAGGCCUUCGGGGCAAUCCGCAAACUUACAGGAGUUACGCUCACGUUCCAAGAUGUCGUCACGACGGUCAAGUUUUCUCUCUCACUGCCGGCACAUCCUACGCACAAGGCUAAACCGGCUCCGGCCUACAUUGCGACGACACCUGAAAGGCUGCAGUCGACCCUGGCGAAGGAGGCCGCCGCGGCGGAGAAGGAGCGCAAAGAAAGCCGACUGUUGCCUGCCCGCUUGGAAUACCAAUCAAGGGUUGCCGCGUACGAAAACGAAAAGCAAAGGUUGAUCACGGCUAUCGCAGCGUUGGAUGCGCAGCUUCGUGAGCUUCAAACACAGACGGUAAAUCCGUUGCAGCAGAUGACCAUUGACAACACUCAGCUUCAACGCCAACUGACAGAGAUUCAACUCAGCCAGCUCAAGCAGCCGAAACGUGGCUAUGGUGGUCGCAAAACAACGUCACACCUGGGUCCCAAGACGGCGUCGCGGUCGAAGAGGCUGUCGCGCAGCGCAGAGCCAGUGAGAACUGCUGCAGCACAGGACAGCUCCUCUGAAGAUUCGGACCGCGAAGACGACGAGGAUCAGAGCGACUGGGACUCCGACGAUUCCAGACUAGGUCAAGUGCGGCGGACUGGCACACAGAGCGAGAGCGACGUGGAGUUUGAUCUCAGCCCGGCUGAAAAGCGGAAUAUGGCGGAAAAUGUUCGCCUGCGUCCAAUGCGCCGAGCCCGCGAGCAGGCACCCGAUCAUGAUGAUGAUGCACCCGGUCGUAUUUCGCAACGAGCGCGCCUCGAUAGUCCCGAUCAGGCUGUGCAGGCGCCUCCCGCGCUGGUGGAUCUGUCGCACCGGCCAAAUCACCUUGGCUUUGUCCCCGCGAUGUUCCCGUCCCAACACCUGUUCAUCCAAUAA